GUAUGUAAUCCCCUGUGUAUCUUGUCUCUCUGGCUUGCGUUUCUUUUCUUCUAUCCAGUCUCUCUCUCUCUCUCUAAACACCUGACAAUAAAAUCAGCAUCUCUGUAUUCUUCAAGUAUCUGUUGGAUAUAGGUUCCAUCUGGCUAAGAAGAUUUAGUCAUGGAUCAUCCGGAUAUCGGGCUGGGCUCAGAUCUGUGGACAAAACCGUCUUCUUUGUCUUGCGAUGAAUAUUUGGGAAAUGUACAACCAGACUACCUCCAGUCCUUGAACAAUUUUACUUUUCAACAACAGCAAAAGUGGGAUGGUUCUUUUCUAGAUAACCAACCACCAUCUGGUGUCUACGGCCAACCUUCUGUUUCUACAAUGAACACUACUACUACAGCUAGUGUCCUGCCAGACACCCAAGACUGUGACUCAAACAUGAUUCACGAAUGGGACCCGAAAACUAUGCUGUCCAACCUCUCUUUUCUUGAAAAAAAGAUCCACCAACUCAAGGAUCUGGUGCAUUUGGUCAUCGGUCGUCAAGGAAAUGAACUUCCAGUUAAUCAGCAGCUUAUCACAGCUGACCUUACUUCUAUCAUAGUCCAACUAAUAUCUACCGCAGGCAGCCUUUUGCCAACUCUGAAGAACACGCCACAACGUAUGAUGAACAAGGUUGAAGAUCAUCACCACGCAAUCCAUACCGGGGAUGAUUCUGGAGGAACGGAUCACCAGAACAGUUCUGCUGUUGCCGAAGAACAUGAUUUGAUGAAAGAGGAAGACGAAGAAGAAGAGAACCUGGUCCCUGGUUCCUAUGAGAUUCUACAGCUCGAGAAGGAGGAGAUUCUUGCACCCCAUACUCACUUUUGCACAAUCUGUGGGAAGGGAUUCAAACGAGACGCCAACUUGAGGAUGCAUAUGAGGGGUCAUGGGGACGAGUACAAAACCCCGGCUGCCCUCGCCAAGCCCCCCAAAGAAGUCUCGGCCUCCAUGGAGCCCACACUUGUUAAGAGGUAUUCUUGCCCUUACGCAGGGUGUAAGCGGAACCGGGACCACAAGAAGUUUCAACCUCUGAAGACAAUGUUGUGUGUAAAAAACCAUUACAAGAGGACUCAUUGUGAGAAAAGCUACACUUGCGGCCGGUGUAACGUGAAGAAGUUCUCCGUCAUUGCGGACCUAAAAACGCACGAGAAGCAUUGUGGCAAAGAUAAAUGGCUUUGCUCCUGUGGUACAACUUUCUCCAGGAAAGACAAGCUGUUCGGUCACAUCACACUUUUCCAAGGUCAUACUCCUGCUAUCCCUCCCCUGGAAGAUCAUAAAGGAUCAUCCACAUCCACUAGUUCUCAAACAGAUCAUCUGAAGCUAAAUGCUGCUGCUGCUCAGAUUGGUGCAAAUUUGGAGAAUGAUGUCAGAGGGAGUGGUGAUGAUGUCGGCAAUUACUUUUCACCUUUGAACUAUGGUGAUCUCGGGGGUGGAUUUCAAGAUUUCCCUAGAGUCCCAUUUGGUGACUCAGACAAUUCCUUCUCUUUUCUAUUGUCAGGUUCAUGUGAUUACCCUCAGAGGGCAGGGAAAUAUAUGGAGUUCCAGUAGUAAUAUUUACCAUUCUCGAUUGUUGCCUUAUUGUUGUAUUGAACAACACAUUUUAUGUUAGAAAUGUAUUCAUCAUCACCGUAUUCAAUAA